AUGGUGAACCUACUCCUAGUCUCAUUUCACUCUAUGAUGUCAACAUUCUCUGCUGCGGCAAUCCAGUCUAGCUUCGUCGAUAUUGCCAAGGAUUUUGAUGUCAGCGUUCAACGCGCUAGCUAUCUCACAUCGCUCUUCAUCGUGGUUCUUGGAGCAGCACCGUUGUUUUGGAGACCACUUGGCCAGACAUACGGCCGCCGCCCCAUCUUUCUUAUCUCCCUCAUUGGCAGCCUGGUCGGUAACAUUGGCUGCGCAAAGUCCCCAUCGUACGGUACCAUGGGGCUAUGCCGAGCGAUCACGGCGUGGUUCAUCUCGCCUGCAGCGUCUCUUGGAAGUGCCGUCGUGGCCGAAUCCUUCGCGAAAAAGGACAGGGCGAGAUACAUGGGUGUCUGGACGACAAUGGUGACUUUGGGUGUUCCUCUUGCGCCCUUCAUCUUUGGCUUUGUCACUGUUCGAGUUGAAUACCGCUGGACCUAUUGGAUCCUAGCCAUAAUCAACGCAGUCCAGUUCGUCUUGUUCUUCUUUCUAGGUUUAGAGACCAGGCACGUUCCAGGCCACGCAACCCCAAAGAAGUCGGGUUACUUCACGUUUCGCCGAAUCGACCCGACCCCAAUCAAGCUCGUCGACUUCAUCGCGCCUCUGGGUCUCAUCACUCGACGUAAUGUUGUCAUCCCUGCCGUAGCCUAUUCCAUGGCUUUCCUAUGGGGUAGUGUGACGACCACAUUUGAGAUCCCGCAGAUCUUUCCCGAGACUUAUGGCUUCGACAAUCAGCAAGUUGGUCUACAGUAUAUCGGCAUCAUACUCGGUACUGUGAUCGGUGAAUUUGGUGGAGGUUUCUUGUCAGAUCAAUGGAUGCGGCGCCGGCAGCGACGAGGCCGCAAGCCUGAGCCAGAGUAUCGACUGUGGUUAAGCUACUUUGGCUACCUGCUUGUUAUUUGCGGCGUGGUGGUCUUUUUCAUCCAGAUUGCUAAGUCUGGCACUAAAUGGAACAUUACUCCCAUUAUCGGCGCUGCCAUUGCAGCUGUAGGAAACCAGAUCGUAACCACCAUUAUGAUUACCUACGCCGUCGACUGCUAUCCAUCCGAAUCGGCCGCCAUCGGCGUGUUUAUCACAUUCAUCCGACAAACUUGGGGUUUUAUCGGCCCGUUCUGGAUUCCGGAAAUGCUCCAAAAUACUGGAUACUUUGCGAGCUGCGGGAUCAUUACUGCAUUGCUAGUUAGUAUUUCGAUUAUGCCGACUAUGCUGUUGCAGGCCAGAGGACAUAAAUGGCGGGAAUGA